AGUUAGCUUAGCGAAAGUCGUCUCAGGCAUUCGAGCAAAGGCAGUUCUGGGCCAUUCAGAGAGUCAAAUUUUAGGUUUACAAAAAUCGAGUAUGCAGAAAAAGAAGAAAGGAUCGGCUCUUUGUAAGCCAAUCUAUAAGUUCCAAAAAGUAGCCCGUUAUACAAACAAUGGCUAUCUCAACUUUCUUACCGAGUACAAGAAACGUUUCUGCGGAAUAUCGCCCCAGAACAUGGUACGUUAUGCAGCUAGGCAGUGGAACCAGCUAACUCCCGAAGAAAAGGCACGUUUCAGAGAGCUAAUGGUUGACAAAAAGAGCGAUUCUCUACCAUCUGAAAGUCAGAAGAGUAGGAAGAUAAUCCCGGAGAAAAUAAAACAGGAUAAAUCAUGUCCCAAGCGCUCCACUUAUGGUCGUCAGAAGGAAUCUGAAAGGUCCUCGGUGAGACCCAAGAAGUCCAAGCCAAAUAUGAAGAAAAGUCCUGUAAUAUCUUCUCGCGACGCGAGUUCUUUGGGCUCUGCAGUGGCCUAUAUGCAUUUCCUGCGAAAGUUUCAAAGAAAGCACUGCGACUUACCAGCCGCCGAUCUGCUGAAAAAGGGCAACUCGACUUUGGUGCCGUCUGGAAGGACAUCAGCGCCAACUAUUCGAGAAGCCACUUUGGGUUGUGAGGACAGCAUAACGAACAUUACAGACAUCAGCUAACUGGGUAAAUUUUAAGUAUGCGAGUUUUUUAGUUUGUUAUUUUACUUUUGUAAGCCUAAGAAAUAACAAAACUAUUAAAAUAUUAACCGAUA